UUGCGUGUGGAUCCCGCGCAUGCGUGUUAGGCCGGCGCGGCAAGCGAAUCGGAAAGCGCGUUGCAAUAGAGUUUUUAGUGUCUCCGGUUUUUGACGUAAUCAGCAGCCGCCAGACUUCGCGUUGUGCUGCUUACUCUUGUGACUUCAGCAUGUUCGUUGCGAGAAGCAUUGCAGCCGAUCACAAGGACCUCAUCCACGAUGUGUCCUUCGACUUCCACGGACGGAGGAUGGCGACCUGCUCCAGUGACCAGAGUGUGAAAGUUUGGGAUAAAAGUGAAAAUGGCGAUUGGCACUGCACAGCAAGUUGGAAGACGCACAGUGGUUCUGUGUGGCGAGUAACUUGGGCUCAUCCAGAGUUUGGACAGGUUUUGGCUUCAUGUUCGUUUGACAGAACAGCUGCUGUGUGGGAGGAAAUUGUUGGUGAAUCAAAUGAUAAAUUACGUGGGCAAAGUCAUUGGGUUAAGAGGACAACACUUGUGGACAGUAGAACCUCAGUUACUGAUGUAAAAUUUGCUCCAAAGCACAUGGGGCUGAUGUUGGCAACAUGUUCAGCAGAUGGUGUAGUGAGAGUGUAUGAAGCACCUGAUGUGAUGAACCUGAGCCAGUGGUCUCUGCAGCAUGAAAUCUCUGGCAAGUUGAGCUGCAGUUGCAUCUCCUGGAAUCCUUCCAGUUCGCGAGCUCAUUCUCCAAUGAUCGCAGUUGGUAGUGAUGACAGUAGUCCCAAUAUUAUGGGAAAAGUCCAAAUAUAUGAAUACAAUGAAAAUACAAGGAAAUAUGUAAAAGCAGAAACAUUUAUGACUGUCACAGAUCCUGUUCAUGACCUCUCCUUUGCUCCAAAUCUGGGACGAUCUUUCCACAUUCUUGCUGUUGCCUCAAAAGAUGUUAGAAUAUUUACCAUGAAACCCUUAAGGAAGGAGCAGACCUCUUCUGGAGGUGUGACAAAGUUUGAGAUUCACACAGUGGCUCAGUUUGAUAACCACAACUCUCAGGUAUGGAGAGUGAGUUGGAACAUCACUGGUACUGUUUUGGCAUCAUCAGGAGAUGAUGGAAGUGUACGACUGUGGAAAGCAAACUACAUGGACAAUUGGAAGUGCACUGGUGUUCUAAAGGGAGAUGGGAACCCAGUAAACCCAUCCCAGCAAGGAUUCAUGGGUUCUUCGUUUGGAUCAACAAAUCAGAGUCUUCAGAAUUCUGUGAAUGGUUCAGCAUCCAGCAGGUAUAUCUUUUCCCCAUUGGACAACCCAAAGGCUGGAUCAAGGUGGUCCAGUUCUGCACGCUUUAUUCCUCCUCCUCUGGUAGAGCACCUGUGUGAUGCAGAACUUCAAAGUCCUUCAUCCUUAUACACUCGCAGGCGAUACAACCCCCCACCUCUUAAAACUUUACUUGAAAAUCAAGGUGUAUAGUCAGUUAUAAAGUUGCCUUAACACUUUCUUCUGAUGAUGAGCUGUUCAUUUUUAUAUAUAUUUUUUUUCUGCUUUCCUUCCAUACCUCAUAGGUGGCAUGUAAACUCCAACUUCUUUAUGGUGUCAAAUCUAAUUCUACAAUAUACACACAUACAUGCAGACAGUUUCCAUAACUCAUUUCCUUAAUUGGUGAAUAGGAUAGUACUUAAAUAGGUAGUUGAACUUAAAAGUGCCUGUCAAGUGCUCUGACACUUUGUUAUUGGAUAGUGCUUGUGAUUUUAUUCUAACAAAUUUUUUAUUGAAUUAAAGUGUUUUUUUUUUUUUUCCCCUGUGUACUGCAGUAAAAUGUAAUGAGAAUUUGUCAAUAGUUUGAAUAAGACUUUUAUUUAAGUGUCAUGCUUUUUGUACAAUAAUAAAAAGUGAAUCAGAACAUUAUCAUUUAGUGACCUUAUUUGUAAGGGAGAUAUGAUGUGAAAACUGGUGAUUUUUGAAGCAAAUGACAAAGUUUUUUUUGAUACCAAAGAAAUUCAACAAACACCACUAAAUUAAUGAAGGUGUCUGAAGGAAGUGGGUAUAUAGU